AUGAAGUGUAUAACGGUUUUGGCACUACUUUUAGCCUGUACCAUGGGCUCAAUGGCCCUGGUGCCGCCACCUGUUAAUCCCAGUGGACCAGUAGCUGUUAUUCCCACCCCACCACCAGCACCGACAAUGGCUCAGGAUUUAACUGAAAUUAUGACAAUGGUAAACAUGAUCCAAUUGCGCCAACUAUUGACUCGCUACCUCCUAAACGAUGCCCAAUUCCAAGCUUUUGUUCGCAUCAUCAACUCCCAAGAUGCCUAUGUGACCUAUAUGCGUUUCCGUUCGCAACCUGAAGUUUUCGGUUUCAUUGCCUGGGUGAGAGCACAAAUUAUGUUGUCGGGCGGUGAAUUCCAAUUGGAAGAAUCUGAAGAACCAAUGACCAUCAUCAAUCAGACACCAUUCUGGGCUAAUACCGUAUUCGGAUGGCAAGGAUUUGUCAAUGAAUUCCUGUUGUAUUAUCCCGAAACUAUGAUUCGUAUGCACAUCACCACGAAGGUGGCUCAAAAUGGUAUCUUUACACAAUUCUGGAAUCGUUUGAAGGCUUUGAAACCGGUGUAUGAGCGUGUUAUUGCUACUCCCGAAGCCCAACGUGUUGCCGCUGCUUUGCAACAGAAUGGUAUUGAUAUUGUGCAAUUGGAUACAUUUAUUCGCAAUCAAUUCGGUUGGCAAAUGCCACCAACAUUGGCUCCCUCAACAACUGCUGUUCCCGCGGCAUCAUCUACUGCUGCUUCUGGACCAGUUGAUGUCCCUUUAGUUCCUGUUGUUUAA